AUGGCGAAGAUGGAGGAGGUCAAGAUUGAAGAAGGUGGCGUGCCGAACGGUGUCAAGGUGGGACGGGACGCAAGCAAAACUCCGUCGCAGAGCAAGAGCAACGAGGGCUCUCGCACCACUAGCCUGUCACCCGGCGACGACACAACCAACGGCGAUGGCAUUUCGACGCCAGGAGGCACGCAGCGACCGAAGCUGUCUCGCAAGGCACCGCAAAAACCCAUCAAGCGCGAGGCGCCCCUCUUCCACGACCUGCCCGAUGUCACCGCGCAGUCCUGUACCACAUUCCAGGUAAUACCUGAUUGCCUGUACGGAUCCAAGCAUAUGGGUUCGACCGACAAUGACGCUCUCGAUUGCGAUUGCCGUUCUGAGUGGCACGAUGGGGAAAAUCUGUCCUGCGGUGAGGAUUCCGACUGCAUCAACAGAGCGACCAAGAUGGAGUGCGUGGCGGGCGCUGGAAAUUGUGGCGAUGGCUGCCAAAAUCAGAGAUUUCAGCGCAAGCAGUACGCCAAUGUUUCAGUCAUCAAAACCGAAAAGAAGGGCUUCGGCCUCCGCGCCAACGUCGAUUUGCAAGCUAACGACUUCAUUUUCGAGUACAUUGGCGAGGUCAUCAACGAGCCGACUUUCCGACGGCGAAUGGUGCAAUACGACGACGAGGGUAUCAAGCACUUCUACUUCAUGUCGCUGACCAAGCACGAGUUCGUCGAUGCGACGAAGAAGGGCAAUCUGGGGCGCUUCUGCAACCACUCGUGCAAUCCCAAUUGCUAUGUCGACAAAUGGGUCGUGGGGGAAAAAUUGCGCAUGGGCAUUUUCUCCUCACGCUUAAUCAAGGCCGGUGAGGAGUUGGUUUUCAACUACAAUGUUGACCGUUAUGGAGCCGACCCCCAGCCCUGCUACUGUGGCGAGCCGAACUGCACUGGAUUUAUUGGUGGCAAAACCCAGACCGAGCGGGCGACCAAGCUGCCACUUACCACUGUGGAGGCCCUCGGCAUCGACGACGGCGACAGCUGGGACAUUGCAGUCGCCAAGAAGCCGCGCAAGAAGAAGCCCGAGGAGGACGACGAGGAGUACGUCAACAGCGUGCAGGCUAGAAGCCUCGACGAUGAUGGUGCUCGCAAGGUCAUGGCGACGUUGAUGCAGUGCAAGGAGAAGUGGAUUGCAGUCAAGCUGCUGGAGCGCAUUCAGCAGUGUCGGGACGAGCGGGUGAUCCACUCUGUCAUGCGCAUGCACGCCUACCAGAUCCUCAAGACCACGCUCAACACCUUCAUCGACGACCAUAACGUCGUCCUCCAGGUUCUCGACAUCCUCGACAAAUUUCCGCGACUGACGCGAAACAAGAUCGAGGGCUCUAAAAUCGAGACCACUAUCGACGGACUCACCCAAUCAGAGCACGAAGAGGUCAGCGCAAAGUCCAAGAGGCUGCUGGACGAAUGGUCCAAGUUGGAGCUCGGCUAUCGCAUUGGGAAGCGGAAGUUUGACCCCAACGCCCCUGCCACAAACUCCUUUCAAGAGCGACGCAACAUGGGCCGCGAUGAGGAUGUUACCGCCAAAUCGACCCCGGAUCCCCUGCAGAAUGUUGAGAUACCCAAGGGUCCCCGAAGCAACAUCCCGCAGCGGAACACCCAUUUCUUCAACGGCCCUCCCCGCCAAAGAAGGCAUCAGAACUUUAACAAUCAUAGCGCUCUGCCGGCAGGAUGGUUCACGGCGACGGAUCAGCGUGGAAACACCUACUUUUAUAGCAAGAACGGGGUCACAACCUGGCAACGUCCCACGAAGCCCGCAGACGCACAGAAGUCGACACCAAAGGCGUUGCAGGAGCAGCUGCUGCUCAAGAACAUCAUCGACCAGGUCACUAAGGGGCAGACCCCGAGGCCUUCGGCCUCGCAGACGCCUCAGCGAGCAGAGACGCCCGUGCAGGAGAGCAAGCAGGAAAAGUGGCGCUCUCUAAGUACCGACAAACAGAUGAAGAUUUAUGAGAACACACUUUUCCCUCACGUAAAGUACGUGAUCGACAAGUAUAGACACAAGCUUCCCAAGGAUGAUCUCAAGCGGUUGGGCAAGGAUGUCUGCAAGAAGCUCGUCUCGUCAGAUUACAAAGGCAAACGCGUGCAGGACCCGACAAUACCACUCGACCAGAAACAAGCCAGGAAGGUCAAGACCUACGUUAAGGAUUUCCUAGACAAAGCCAUUGUGAAGUUCAAGCACUUUGAGCAGGAGAAGGCAAAAGCGAGUCCUGAGGGCCAGGCAGAUAAGCCGGGAAAUGCCAACCAAGCCAGUAAUGGCCUUGGGACGGAUACUGGCGGUGCUGCCACGCCAGUUGAUGCCGCUGACGACGUAAUGCUGUCAGAUAUAGAAGAUGCUGGCUCGACGGGAAGUCCCGAGCGAAAGCGCAAACGUGGAGAGGAGGAGGCAGUAGAGUCCCUGGACCUAACUCCCUCGGAUGAACCAUUGGUGAAGCGGCUGCGAGAAGACGAUGUGGAGGAUGGUGCAACGCCGCCACCUCCCCCGCCACCCCCUCCUGCCGACAUGGAAUCUACAGCUACUCCUGAGGAGCCAAUGACGGAGGAGCAAAGAGCUCUCAGGGAGCAAGAGGAAGCUCUCAUAAGAGAGAACGAGGAAUCUGAGAGGCUGGAAGAAGAGGCCGAGCUUACCAAGACUAAGGACAUUGGAAGCAUGCCUCAGGGAAGGCUUGACGCGCCCCUUAACGAUCAUAACCGAAUCAACGGGGGCGUGAUUGUGGCUGGCGAUGGAGACCCUGUUGACGAGUCGGUAUUCCCGAACACAAGCAACAAGACAGCUCGGCAACAAGAGGUCCUUGGUCACUAG